UGAUGAAGGUUGCUGUUGCUGUUCAUGUUUCAAUGUCUCCAAGUUUGUACUGACAAACCUGAAAUACUUGCUGAUUUUACUAGUGACUUGGCUGUUUUGCUUGCUUUUACUGGUGACUGAUUUUCGAGCUAAAGCCCUAGCAACGAAUAGCUUCUGUUCUCGUUACCUCGGACAGACAACUUGUGCAAGAAUUUUUGGUUAUUCUGCUAUUUAUCGAAUUUGUUUUUCACUUGGACUUUUUCAUUUCGUUAUGUCAUUGUUUUUGAUUGGAGCGACRAGCUCUGAGAAUGGUAUAAGAGCAACGGCACAUCAUGGUCUUUGGCCAGUCAAGUAUGUGAUUUUGUUAGGCAUUACAGCGGCCAUGUUAUUUGUAAGUAGUAUCAGAUYCUUGUUCAACAUAUUGAUAUACGUAGCGAUGGCGUGUGGGUUCUCGUUUAAUGUGGCUGAGAUUCUUCUACUGGUCGACAUGGUGCAUAAGUGUCAUGAGUCCUGGGGUACAAACACGGACGAUGGCUCAACAAAUAAGUGCUGGAGAGUCGUGGUCUUGUUUUCGACGUUUGUUUUGUAUUUAGCGACAAUGGUCUGUACGGCUAUGCUUUACAUCCAAUCAAGUGGGAGCUGUACGACAAACAAGUUCUUUAUCAUCUUCAUAGUAUGUCAUUGUAUCGCUGCAUGUUGUUUGUCGAUGGUACCAGCAAUCAAAAAGGCUCAUUCAAAUGCAGCUUCCUUUCAGACUUCUAUUGUGACACUGUUUGCGCUGCUWAUGACUUGGACCGCGGUUUCAUAUCAGCCUUACAACACCUGUAAUAAGACAAUUCCGWCAAACCUCCAAACAGGAAUAAGUUCACAAGCCCUUAUCAAUACUAUAGUCCUGUUUGUGCUGCUAAUCUACGGUAGCUUCGCAUCRUCUCAAGAAAGACUGAAACAACGAAUUUGGCCAGUCACAAAAGAGAGAGAAGACCAAGAAGAGCAUGGCUAUAGUUACUCGUUUUUUCAUCUUCUACUAUUCCUUGGGUCACUUAGUAUGAUGAUAAACCUAACAAACUGGUACAGUCCUGGAAGUAAGACUUUUAAACCAUCCUGGACUUCUGUUUGGGCUAAAAUGGGCGCUUGCAGCAUUUCAUUGUGGAUAUAUUUCUGGACUCUGAUCUCACCACURUUUAAAUCCAACGAUUCAAACGACCAGAAAUCAAACGAGAAAAGAGACAUUCAAAAACGUAUGAAUUCUUUUGAAAGCACAAAGUUAAGUUCCUCGUUUAACUUCAAGAAAGAUGGUAGUUCGUUUGAUAAAGUGCCAGCAGAUACUUCAAAACCUUCAAGUAAUCUAUUGAAAAGKGGUAACGACAAUAAAUCAACUGCGAUCGAMUCGSACAAUAUUCGAGUAGACCACGGAAGUAUGAGUCGUAAAAACUCGAUAUGUCAGCCGGUGCCAGAGACAGGCGCUCAAAAAGAAAUGUUGAGGCUGGAAGGAAAAGUAAUGAGAUUGCAGGAAAAAAUAGCAAAACUGCAGAACAAAGUAGCCAACUUGCAAGGACUAGAACGUCUUUAACUGUUUACAGUAUUGCAAUACCAGGAGCCCAUUUCUAGGAGCCUUUCUCCACAUAUGGGGUUUGGGAACGGCAUUUACCCCUCUUGGCGCUAUUUUUAGAYUUACCUGACAUCCCCCAACCGCGCUUAUUGAGAUGCCGAAGUGAAUAGCCGUGUUCUUAGAGCAAAUUUUAUAUUUGAACAAGUAAUUUGAAAUUUUCGCUUUCACAACAACUACUUAGCUAUUUCGCGCUGAAUUUACAAUGAUCAAUUCUCAAAACAGAACCAAGAGAGGUAAAUGCCGUUCUAAGACCCUAUUCAGAAGAGUAAAGCUCCAAGUAAUGGGCUCCUGGUAUUGCCCCAUGAUUAGUAUAAGAAUCCAUCCCCCUCACCCAUCUAUAUAGAAAUAUCGCACUUAUUUCGAAUACUCCAAUUUCGAGUUCUGGUUUGCUCUGU